GUUCUACAACCCGCACCUCCGCGUCGGGCGCGAAGGCGGCGGCUUGAGCGAGUCGAUGAAGCGCGCGCUCGUCGGGCUCGACCGCAUUGGCCCGACGUCGCCACAAACCAAGUGUGUGUCGUUUGUCGAUCCGCUCGAAGAUGCGACGAAGCGAGAUCUGCGCAAGAGCCACCUCCUGCACCCGCUGCCGUCGGUGGCGUCACCCAAGAAGCCGACACCAACGCGCUGUCAGCGCUGCUUCUCGUCCAACGUCGUGUAUGUGCCGUCUUGCGCGUACUGCGAGAAGCUCCAGCUCCUCUCCAACGCCAACACGCUGGCCAAGCGGUUUGCGUUCAACCUCCUCGAACGCGAGCCGACAAUUCCGCCGCAGCAGCUUCUCGACUCGGUCUUUGGCUACCUCUACGAGCUGCAAGACCCAGUGACUGCGAAUCGAGACGUGCUCGCGAUACGCAGCGAUGUCGUCGCACUCGAGGCCAACAAUGGUUCCGGCGUCUCGAAAGACGAAGCCGCGCACAUGAUCCGCAGUGCCGAGGCCGCGCCCUCUGCGCUGGCGGCGACGCGUGACGCGAUCCUCGAGCUCAAGCAGGCGCGCGCCUCCAUCGUCACCAGCAAGGUGGUCUUGUCGCAGCCGACCAAGGUGUCGCUCGUGCAGUACUUGCUCGACACGUUUGCCCAACCGAGCGGCGCGGGCGCCGACUGGACUCGCGAACAGCGCUGGGACCACCAAGACAUGUGCGUCGAGAUGCUUAAACUCCUCUCGACCGACGACGUCGACGACGUGCUGCGGACAUACAAUGCGUGGAAGCAUGUGAACGAGGUCAACCAAAAGCAGCGUGCGAUGGAGCGCGCAUGGAAGCAGCGGCUCUUCCAGACGACGGAGAAGCCUCGUAACGUGCAGACGCCAGGGGACGACGACGAGGACGACGACUGCGAGACGACUCGUCAGAACGUUGACCGACCACUCACCCUGCGCCAAAAAAAGGCCAAUCGUGUGAGCGUCUCGGAAGAACACCGGCGUACGCUCAUCGCACAGCACCAUUCCGGUCAACGCGGCCGUCUCCCGAUCAAGACCGCAAGCGCAACUGCGAGCUCGGCACCGCUUGCGGCUCUCAAGGAGCUGCCACCGUCCAGCCCCACAAAAGAGAGCGAUGCGGAAUCCAACCUUCAGCAGCUCUUCUUGACCGCCGAGCGGUACCGAUCCGCAUCGAGCAAUGGAAUGUUCCACAUUGACCACCUCGGCCUCCUCGAACAAGCGGGGCUUUCGAUGCACGAGUUAGCGACGGUCGCCAAGUUUGACCGACGCACGCAAAUGGUGUACCUCUUGGCCGACGAGAACGACCGCGCGACACUGCUGCACCUCUCAUCGCUCGGGCGUGUCAACCGUGUCGCCGAGUGGCUUGAGCGUAACGUCGACAACGAGACGCUUCUCAUUGCGGCGACAUCGGCGAAAGGCCAGCUCCUCAGUACGGAGGAGCGCCGCCUCAUUUUAGCUAUGGACGACAUUGAUCUCCGGUACCACCUCAGCUUUUGGAAGCAGCUGCAGCAGACGCGCGCGCACAAGAAGGCGCCGGCGACGUCGGUGCAUUUUCUGCACCUCAACCUGCCGCACCACGAGCGCGACUCGUUCUUCCGCGUGCCGCGCUACUGGCAAAAGCUCAUCAAGGCCCGCGAUCCGAGUGUGCAGCCGAUGCCGAUUGCAGUCAUUCGGCCGUUCGUGCUGCAGCUCUACAUCCGCUGUGCCCAAGAAACCGUCGAUGAGUACGACUUGGCCGAGUUUGUCGUCGAGCACAUGACACUGUCGUUUGGUGCGGCGACGCACGUGCGGCUGCAAGGCUUCAUCACAGCGCUCGAGCAGUACCACACCAAAGAUUCGUGGCUCUACACCUUUUUGCCGUUUUUGCCACAUUACCGAGCGAUUGCCCGCGGGCUGCUUUCGAUCGCCGACUACAUUGUGCCAAAAGAGCUCUUCCAUCCGCUCCUCGCGACCAAAGCCAAGAUGGCGCUGCAAGCGAUCGCGCGGGAUGCCCACGUCCGCGACGAGCACUGGCUAGCGACGUUCACCGAGAUGCGGACUGUCUGCCCGCGCACCAAGGGCGUCGUGAGCAACCAUCUGCACGUCGUGGGCCUCUCGGUUUUCAUGGACCUCGUGCUCGGCAUUUGGGAGGCCAACCGCGAGAGCAUGACCAAGGAAAUGCGCGCGCUCUUUGAGCAGUUUGACACGGACCACAGCAAGAGCUUGAGCUACGCCGAGUUCAAGGCCUUCAUCACGCACUGCAGCGCAACCCUCGAGGCCAAGACGCGCCCGCACUCACCUUUACGCGGGGCGUCGCUGAGCUCUCUCCUCGAACCCAAAAACACCCCGGAACGCCGCCACGCCACGUCGUCGCCCAAGGACGAGAAGGAUAUCAUCAAGCUCUACGCCAAGUGCCUCAUGCAGUCCGAUAAGGACGAAGUCAACGUCGAGUCGUUCGUGCUCGGUGGCCUCGACAACCCGCUCAUUUUGACACUGCUGGGGUUUCCCGUGCCACCGACGCACACGUCGGCAGCAGGCGUCAUGGCGCUGCAGCUCGUCACGCGCGCUGUCCGCGCCUACAUUCACCGAAAGCGAAGUCGUGCCGCGGCCAUGGCCAAGGCUAGAAUUAGCUGA